CAAUGCACUAAAUUUGCCAACAACUUCCCGGGAAGCGUUUAUUACUGGCCGCUGCCAACAUGGAUAUAAACAGCAAACCAAAGUCUCAAAAAUUACACUUGAUUCAGUGACGUCUUCAUUUGUAUUUGUGUGAGAAAAAAAACGUGUUCUUUAUCGUUUUAUCGUAAUCUUCACUGGAACUCGUGACUGUUUACGUUGUUUAUUUAGCACUGAAGCUAAGCUAAGCUACCUGUGUUUGUGAUGUGAGCUGGUGAACAGUCUGUUAUUGAGGAUGUACACUUUAUUAUCGGGUCUGUACAAAUAUAUGUUCCAAAAGGACGAGUACUGCGUCCUGAUCCUCGGUCUGGACAAUGCAGGGAAAACGACCUUUCUGGAACAAACAAAAACAAAAUUCAGCAAAAACUACAAGGGCAUGAACCUGUCGAAGAUCACAACUACAGUCGGCCUCAACAUCGGCACUAUAGAUGUGGGAAAAGCUCGUCUGAUGUUUUGGGAUCUUGGAGGACAAGAAGAACUUCAGUCUUUGUGGGAUAAGUACUAUGCAGAAUCUCACGGCGUCAUCUACGUCAUUGACUCCACCGAUGAGGAGCGCUUGGGCGAGUCGAAGAACGCUUUCGAGAAAAUGAUCAGCAGUGAAGUUCUGGAAGGAGUUCCUCUUCUUGUGCUGGCCAACAAACAGGACGUCGAGAACUGUCUGUCCGUCCCCGACAUUAAGACGGCCUUCAGUGACUGCGCUCCCAAAAUCGGGAAGAGAGAUUGUCUGGUGCAGCCCUGCUGUGCUUUAUCAGGGCAGGGAGUGAAUGACGGGAUUGAAUGGAUGGUCAAAUGUGUGAUCCGGAACAUUCACCGCCCUCCCAGACAGAAAGACAUCACAUAGAACAUCAUCUGUGUGUGUGUGUGUGUGUGUGUGUGUGUGUGUGUGUCGGGUGUUUUCUGUAAAUGCAUAGAGGAUGCAGUUACCGCAGUUAUUCUGAGGACAUGUAAGUUAUGAUAUUAUAUUUGCAGACCUCCAGAGUUUGAUAUCUGUGCUGAUGCUGCAGUGACACUGAAGAUAUAUUUAUAUGCUGAACUGACACAAUCUUGAUUUAUCAUGAGUUUUUAGGUUCUCUGCUAAAAUCACCCCUUCAGAUUAAAUCAGUAGUUAAACAUAAUGAAGACGUUCCUCGUGUAGAAUUUCAAGAGGUGUGUUUCUAAGACCCAAAACCUCAUUUCUAAUUACUAACCAGUUAUAUAAUAAACAGCAGAGAUGGAAAACAAAGCACUUGUGUCUCAGUUUAAUUUACACGACAGAUGUUUUCUCAAAUCCAGGAAAUGCCUUUUUCUAUCAGGACUCUGUUUUAUUGAUCUUCCUCUUGUUUAAGCUGAAUGCAUUUUGCAUGAAGGCACCAGUGAAUCAAUAAGCCGCAUCACAUCUGUGACCCUGAUCAAUCUGUUCGUGUGUGUGUGAAAGAGAGGCGAUAUGAUGUUUAACACGUGUGCCGCUCUUUAGGAUCUAAAUCACCCAUCUGUCGACAUUCCCAGUUUAAGGACGCAGAUGUCAUGUGAUUAAUCAGUGGUGUUUGCACAAGCAUCGGUAGUACUAAUGUUCAUAUGUAGCGUCACGUGUUUAUUCAGAUCUCUUCAAGUCUUAAAGUUCAGUGAGUUUUUGAGACGGAUGAUCUGAACUGCCUUAAAUCCGACUGUUCUCGUGUGCAGUUGUUUUAGGACAGCAGGCUAAAUCGAGCCGGUCUUCGCACGCAACCCUUCAGCUGAGGGUUUGGCCAUGAAUUGUGUAUGAAGACUUGUGUAACAGCACAUCCGUGGAUCUGGAGUGGAACUUGAACAUUAGAGCUGCACUUUUGGUUACGCUGCAAAAAAAGGGGUUUUGCAGUAUUUAUUUUACUGGAAAACAAAAUAUAUUUCCUUAAGCAAAAUUGUAAGAUUUGAAUUUUAUCUUUGAUUAGCUUUUAUUUUCACCCCAUUGAAAUUAGGACUUGAACAUGAUCUUAACUGCUCAUUUGUUGAUAUAUGAAAAUGACCCUGUAAUUACUGCAAACAUACUUGUCAAAAAUAAACAGAGCUUCUGUUGUUGUUUCCAUCUUAAA